AGGCGGGACAGGGGGUGGGGGUGGAAAAAUGGUCUUAACCAGUAAGCUGAUUGGCUGGAGAGAGGCACGGAAGGGCACAGCAUUUAAGGCCUUUUGUGGCAGAAGAGACCACCAGGCGGGCUAGUCCGUCGGGCUGAGACCGGUUGGUGCCAUAAUCCUGUCUGGGAGCUCCCAGCAUUUCUUCUGCCCCUUGCUCCCAGCCCUUUGAGACCUGAGCUGUAGGUCCUUUCUGCGGUUCUACAGUCAUGGGAAUUGUCUUUGAUCUUUGAUUUUUGACAGUGAGGCUCGGGAUGGCUUCCACGCGAAUCCGAGAGGCCAAGGAGAGCGAUUGUGGAGACAUUAUGAGGAUGAUUCGGGAACUGGCAGAGUUCGAGAAACUGUCCCAUCAGGUGAAGAUCAGUGAAGAAGCCCUGAGAGCAGAUGGCUUUGGAGAGAACCCUUUCUUUCACUGUUUGGUGGCAGAGAUUAUUCCAGCCCCUGGGGAGCCACAAGGGUCCCUUGUGGUGGGCUACGGGCUCUACUACUUCAUCUACAGCACAUGGACGGGACGAAACAUUUAUCUGGAAGACAUCUAUGUGAUGCCGAAAUAUCGGGGUCAAGGGAUUGGUACCAAAAUAAUCAAAAAGGUGGCUGAGGUUGCUCUGCGUAAGGGGUGCUCCCAGUUCCGCCUGGCAGUUCUGAACUGGAACAAGAAGGCCGUGAACUUGUACAAGUUUCUAGGGGCUCAAGAUCUGACCGAAUCGGAAGGCUGGCUCUCCUUUCGAUUUGAAGGAGAGGCAAUGAGGGAGUUGGCCGGAUGAUGACUUAUCCCCCCUCUCUCUCUUCUUUGGGGUUACCAUCUGGAGUUCCUAAGAUUCACAGGCACUGACCUGGACAGACACUCACUCAGAGCCUCCCAGGAUGCAGAUUUCUAAAGUAUAGAAAGAGUGGAAGCAAGCAGGGGAAGCCUUGUUGGGGACCACAAAUAAAAUACCUACUUUACCCUGAUGGGUAGAGGAUAUGCUGCUGCA